UUUGAGGAAACAAAUCAGAUAUUCCAUUUCCUGACCUCCUUCCAUCGCUUCUGUCUGUCCAGCGGUGCUCGAUGUUUCUGCAAAGCUCUGCCAGCAUGCGCCAUACUUGACUUGUCUACCCUGCACGUGCUGCAUGUUGUACUGCCUCUGGGAGAUUAAAAAAUGAAUGUGUAUAUAUACAACAGUAUUAACAUGUUUGUUGCACAUGCACUUUCAUUUAAAUAUCAUUGUACAUUUCAGUUUGAAAAUGAAAAAUGUGGUGUUUGAGUUAUCAGUUAGGUUAAAGAACAGAUCAUCUCUCUCUUUCUGCGCCUCCUAAAGAAGCGACAAAAGAAACAUUUAGGCAAAAAGGCAGAAAAAAAGACAAAUCAAGCCUUUCAUAUCAGUGUUCUAGCUUGACUGCUUUUAAGCUUUUCAAAACAAUUAUACCGUAACAGUAUUGCAAUUGUACGCAGCCCCCUGGUGCAACAAUAUAAACUUGCAUGUUGAAAAAAAAAAGUAGGAUUUUAUUGGUGAAUUUGUCUCGAAUAUCAUGCUUCCCUCCUGGAAAGAAUGAGUGUUUUCUAGGGUCAGCUUUGAUAAGUUGUACUGUCUGAUGGACAUGAUUUUAUCAAGGUGUUCAUCCAAAAUUGUCACUUCUUUUUUCCAUCAAUAUCUUACAUUGAAAUUACAUUUUCAGCAAAGGCCGGCGUCCUCUGACUUUCUCCAGGAGUGUCAAAAGCCUCAUACUAACCCGUCCCCCAGCUCUGGUAGGCAACACUGGGCCCUGAUCUCAGACUUUGGUCAUGCGGGAAACAAACAGCGUCAGCAGACGAGGAACCUGGCGAGCACCGGAGAGUGUGCUCGCUCCCCCAGUGCAGAGAAGGACACGGAGGACAGAGAGCAACCUGAGGAGGAUGGUGCAGGCCAGCUGCCAGCAGAGAGCGAUGCCAUACCAGGAUGGUUUUGCCCUCAGAGGAUUGAAACCCGAGACGGGAGGAAGUGUCAGCAUUACAGAGCUCCUAAUGCAGGAUCCAGUCACCAUGGAGACCCCAGCACCGACCUAAUGAUCUCCUCUAUCACAGGGAAGUGUUCUUCAGUGACGGAGACGGCCCUUCCUCAGGAAUCCUUCGCCUCUGAAGCGUCAUUAAGAUUACAGAUCAAAGUGUCCGGCCAGAGUGGUGGUUUGGGAAUCAGCAUUGCUGGUGGGAUAGGCUCGAUGCCUUACCAAGACCAAGAUGAGGGUAUUUUUAUUUCCAGAGUCAAUAAAGGGGGGGCAUCAGAAAAGGCUGGGGUCCUUGUUGGAGAUAGAUUGCUUGAGGUCAAUGGCCUCAAUAUGCAGCUGGUGACCCACCAUGGGGCAGUCACUGCCCUCAGGAAUGCUGGGAGCUGCAUCAAGAUGAAAGUGCUCAGAGAGAGGCUGCUACCUCGAGAGUUGUGUGACCCGGGGGAGCACAAGGAUCUUUGGGACGUGACAAGACGACAGCCGUGCAGCCAAGAAGGCGGGAGCCAGAGAGGCAAACAGCCCAAUAUGGAGAACACAGAUUUCUGUUUUUCCAAGAAGAUUGAAAAAUCGGUCUGCAACGGCAAUGGCAUUUCUGAUUUGUAUAGCGAGCUGAGCAGGGACUUUUCUGAACCGAAGGCGCAGACAUUGAUGAAAAAUGAUUCACUUCCAGGAGGGAAACACACAAUGACAAUCCCUCGGAUUAUUCUCACUCAUCCCUCUACCUCAGAUGAAGAUGUGGAGCUUUUGACACAGAUCACCAGCAGAGAGACGUUACAUAACUCUGAAAUCCAUGACUCACACCCAUACUGUUUUGACAGCGCUUUCUACCCACCUUGACCAGUGUGCAGGUCGACAUAAUUGAAGGACAUAGACUGCUAUAACCCAGCUCUUUCUUUUGUAAUGUUAAUUUCCAAACUGCUGGAAAAACAGAUUUAAUUGCUGCUAGCAACAUUUAGUGAUUUUAGAGUUAUUUUUAAUACUAAAACACAGAGUUUUCGCUGUACAACUAAAUAGAACCGAGACUGGAAAUCAUGCCAAAGAUGCCCAAAUGAAUUACAUGUCAUAAUAUUAAAUACAAUCAAUUAAACAUUUAAUGCUGCUGGCUACCUGUGCUUCACACCACUGUUCUGUAAACAAUGGAUGUGCUGACUGAAAAUGUGUCUCCGCCCAUGACAGUGUGAAGCACUCAAAGUUUUAAUCUGUCUGUACCGAGAUAAAAUGCCACACGGUGCAACAGAUUGCACAGCAUGGAGUCUGCUUCUUGCUGGGUCCUGAAGCAGAAUUAACUUAAUUCCCUCACACAACAUUCAGAUUCAUGAGAUUACACUCUCUGCCUCUUGAAAAGAAAAAGCAGGACAUCUUGCUUUUCAUGACUUGCUUUGUGUUGUUUCACAGCUCUUUCAAUCUCACAGCAAAAACAGUUUAUUGUUCUGUGUUCACGUUCACAAUAAAGCACAAAUAUGUUGUUCCUA